GUGGAGCUCCCCCCCCUGCGAAGAAUCAAAAUACAUUCCUAGCAAGCCAGCUGGACAAGUUGUGAAAAAGUUAUGUCUGUUUGUCAAGUGGAUAGACAAAAGACUAUUUCCAAAAAUGGACGUUAUUCCAGGGGUUUUCUUACAUGAACAAUAGAAAGCAUCCUCAUGUCCACAGAGCCGGCGCUGGUGACAAGUCAUCUACGAAGGGUUGGAUUGUUGAAGCUAAGAAAGUCCUGGUAGCCAGCGUUAGCAACCAGGCCAGCCAGCUAACUAAGUUACUAGCUGACUUAAGCUAGUAAUGUCUCUAACGUUGCCAUCAGCGGAUAUGCUUGAAACACCACCUGGGUAUCCAUUUGAAGAAAUCAAUUAUGAGGAUAUUGAAGUUGAAGAGGUGGUGGGGAGAGGAGCUUUUGGGGUCGUCUGCAAAGCCAAAUGGAAAGGCAAAGAUGUUGCAAUAAAGACUAUUGAGAGUGAAUCAGAGAGGAAAGCCUUUAUUGUUGAGCUCCGACAGCUUUCACGUGUGAAUCACCCCAACAUUGUGAAACUGUAUGGCUCUUGCAAUAAUCCAGUUUGCCUUGUGAUGGAAUAUGCAGAAGGUGGAUCAUUGUACAAUGUGCUGCAUGGUGCUGAACCCCUCCCCUAUUACACUGCUUCCCAUGCUAUGAGCUGGUGUUUACAGUGUUCCCAGGGUGUGGCCUAUCUCCAUGGCAUGAAACCAAAGGCUCUCAUUCACAGGGACCUCAAACCACCCAAUCUGCUUCUGGUGGCAGGAGGCACUGUGCUGAAAAUUUGUGACUUUGGAACAGCAUGUGACAUUCAGACCCACAUGACCAACAACAAAGGAAGUGCAGCGUGGAUGGCCCCAGAAGUAUUCGAAGGCAGCAAUUACAGUGAGAAGUGUGAUGUGUUCAGCUGGGGGAUCAUUCUCUGGGAGGUGAUCACCCGCAGGAAGCCCUUUGAUGAAAUUGGAGGACCAGCUUUUCGCAUUAUGUGGGCUGUGCACAACGGCACAAGACCCCCUUUAAUCAAAAAUUUGCCCAAGCCCAUUGAAAGUCUAAUGACUCGCUGCUGGUCCAAAGACCCAUCUCAGCGGCCUUCCAUGGAAGAGAUAGUGAAGAUCAUGACUCAUUUGAUGAAGUACUUCCCAGGGUCUGAUGAACCCCUGCAGUAUCCAUACCAGUAUUCAGAUGAGGGACAGAGCAACUCUGCGACUAGUACAGGUUCAUAUGUAGACUACACUGGCAACAGCACAAGCUACAGAAGUGAUGCAAACAUGGAGCACAGUGAUUCUCAAGGGAGCAACGAUACUAUUAAGAUUACACCUCAGUUUGCACCUCAUUUCAAGCCAAAGGGAGACCCAUUAAGGACGCUGCCUCUGUCCAGAGGGGGCAGCGUUGAGAGUCUGCCAGCACGGACACAGUGUCUGGCUUCUUCUGACAGCAAAAGAAUGAGUGCUGAUCUUUCAGAGUUGGAGCCCAAGAUGCCAUUUGCACCUGCAGCACACCCCCAGUAUAAGCGAGGCCACCGUAAAACUGCAUCAUUCGGAACCAUUCUGGAUGUCCCCAAGAUCGUCGUUACAGCCACAUGUGAGCCUCAGAGACGUCGGUCUGUGCAGGAUCUGCCAGGCAUUAGCACAGAAUCCAGCCAGGGGAGCAGGAACAGCAGUCGAUCUUCCAGUCCAAGCGUGAGAAUGAUGCCGCCUGACAAGACAAGUGGCAGAGGAUAUUUCUCUCCUGAUGACCCCACAGACACCAAUGGCUCAGACAACUCCAUUCCCAUGGCUUAUCUCACCCUAGACCACCAGCUGCAGCCCCUUGCUCCCUGUCCUAACUCCAAAGAGUCCAUGGCUGUGUUUGAGCAACAUUGCAAGAUGGCCCAAGAAUACCUGAAAGUACAAACAGAGAUCGCCUUGCUUAUCCAGAGGAAAAAGGAGCUCAUUGCUGAACUUGACCAAGACGAAAAGGACCAGCAGAACACGUCCCGUCUGGUGCAGGAGCACAAAAAGCUGCUGGAGGAGAAUAAGAGUCUGUCCACAUACUACCAGAAGUGCAAAAAACAGCUGGAGCUGAUCCGGGUUCAGCAACAAAAGAGACAGGGCACGUCAUGAUGAGAUGCAGACACACAAACAAACUUCUGCCACCCCUGCCUCACCUCUGCCCCAACUCUUCACCACUGAAUUGCAACACUACCCACUCAUCUGCCCUGCACACACACACACACACACAUACACACACUGCUCCCAGUCCAGCUUUGGAAAGAGACCUGUAUUCUACUGUGUCCUGCAUGUUGCAUUGGAGACCCAACAGGAAGACCUUUGUCCCCUGUACAUACAUUUGCACAUCCUCACAGUGUCUUCUGUCAGUGCAGACCAAACAAUCACUACUCCUCCAUCCUGAUGAGCCCAGACGCUGCUGCUGCUGCUGCUGCUGCUGCUGCUGCUGCUGCUGCGUUCAGGACAGAGCAAGAUGGCUGACACCCGUGAGCAAGACCACUUGCUGAUGAGAUGCAGGCUGUGUUUUCUCUGUGUUUGCUCUCAGGGCCUCUGGGCUAACCAGUCAGUGUGUGUUUGCACUCCUCAGUGGCUGACAGCCACGCCAAUGUCCUCAGAAUGUGAAACUCAAGACAAAGGCUUUACAGCAGAAUGUGAGAGUUGUGUGCAGAAUUGUGAGAAACAACGAAGAUGUCUGAAAUGUCGCUGCAGUGCGUGUUUAGAAUCCCUGUUAUGCAAAUCAUAGCCCCUUUUUAAAUUGACAUAUUUAUCUCUAACCCCUUUUUAAUUGUGAGCAUGAGCCCUUCCAUAGACCUCCAGUCAGAUGUCUGAGCAGAUGGAAAAGCUUGGGUUUGUGAUCUGUUCCUCAUGCUCUUUCAAAAAUAUAUAUACAUAUUAAAAAGUGGGCUAACUUCCAGAAAAAACAUGAGGAACUGUGGUUUCCCUUAUUUGACCUCAGUAUUGUUUUGCGUGUUCAUGUUUUUUGUCUUUUCUAUUGAGUAGUUCACUUUGUGUCAUUUGUUUGCAUUAGAUCAUAUUUUAUCUGGUCUGGGAAUGGCCUAACAGAGGAGACUAACCUCCCUAUACAGUAUAGUUUGUUUUUAGGUCACAUGUUGCCUUAGAAGUUGCCUGCAUUUUAAGUGCUUGUGUUAUGUGAUAUUUAGUGGGGAUAAAAGUUUCUUUUUUUUUUUUUUUUUAAAGAUAUUUUUGAUGUACUGAACAUGAAUGAAACAGAUAACGGAGAUGGGGGAGAAGGAUGUGUGUCAUUGAACUGAUAAUGUAAAUGUCUCCCACCAGCUUUAUUCCCAAGAACAUGACGUACUUUUUUCCUUGGUGUCUCAUAUCCCUGAUGUAUUUUUCUCAUUAUGUCCAAAUUUUAUUUCUCAUUUAUCUGGUUUUAAAAAUCCAAGGCUUAACGAGUCUUACUUUUAGUCCCCCCAUGAGAUUGAAUUUCCACUCACACACCUCUUUUAGAACUCUUUCCUAAGUUAUUGGGAAGGGCAGUACAGUAUAUGACAGCAAGGAAGGCGUUAUGAAAUAAACAGAAUGGUGUAAAGAUG